AUGGCCAAGAUGCCUAGGCAUGAAGCUGAGUUAGAAAUUUCGACCUGGGAAAAAUGCCGCUUACCAUCCUGGCAAUUUGAUGCAGAUCUGGCUAAACCUUACGGCAUCACCGAUCCACGACACGACACGGCCGAAUUAUCGGUCUUUGCCUACGACUGA